AUGGCACAGAGGGCCUGGGCCACUAUGCUCUUCCACAGCCACAGGACCCAGCUCCUGCUGGUCAACUCCCUGACGUUUGGCCUGGAGGUCUGCCUGGCUGCAGGGAUCACCUACGUGCCUCCGCUGCUGCUGGAAGUGGGUGUGGAGGAGAAGUUCAUGACCAUGGUUUUGGGGAUAGGACCUGUCCUUGGCUUGGUUUUUGUCCCACUGAUCGGAUCUGCCAGUGACCACUGGCACAGCAGCUACGGCCGGAGAAGACCUUUCAUCUGGAUGCUGUGCCUGGGUGUCCUGCUGAGCCUGUUUGUGAUCCCACACGCCAGCAGCCUGGCCAGCCUGUUUGCCCUCAACACCCGCCCGCUGGAGAUCACCUUCCUCAUCCUGGGCAUCGGGUUGCUUGAUUUCUGUGGCCAGGUCUGCUUCACUCCACUGGAGGCCCUGCUCUCAGACCUCUUCCAGGAGCCAGACAACUGCCGCCAGGCCUUCUCUGUGUAUGCCUUCAUGAUCAGCUUGGGGGGCUGUAUUGGAUACCUCCUCCCAGCCAUUGACUGGGGUGGCAGCUUCCUGGCCCCCUACCUGGGGGGGCAGGAGACCUGCCUCUUCAGCCUCCUCACCGUCAUCUUCCUCGGCUGUGUGCUGGCCACGCUCUUUGUGACAGAGGAGGCAGCCACCCAGACAGAUGUUCUGGAUGGCCCAGUGCUGAAGGACACUCCCUUGAAGCCCUCACCUCCUGCCUGCUGCUUUUGCCAGCUUUCCAGGAGCUCGUGUCUCCUGCAGGCCAGGCACAUGGUGCAGGCCCUGAGGAACCUGUGCGCGCUGGUGCCGCGGCUCCACAGCCUCUACUGCCGCAUCCCCAAGGUCAUCCGGCGCCUGUUCGUGGCCGAGCUCUGCAGCUGGAUGGCACUCAUGACUUUCAUGCUGUUCUACACAGACUUUGUUGGGGAAGGGCUGUACCACGGUGUCCCCAGGGCCAAGCCAGGCACGGAUGCCAGGCGUCACUACGAUGAAGGUGUCCGGAUGGGCAGCUUGGGCCUCUUCCUGCAGUGUGUCACUUCCAUCUUCUUCUCGACAAUCAUGGACCGGAUGGUGAAGCAGUUUGGGACACGGGUGGUCUACCUGGCCAGCGUGGUGUUCUUCCCCAUGGCUGCCUUUGUCAUGUGCCUUUCCCACAGUGUCAUCGUUGUCACCAUCUCAGCUGCUCUGACUGGCUUCACCUUCUCUGCACUCCAGAUCCUGCCCUACACGCUGGCAUCUCUGUACCACCACGAAAAGCAGGUGUUUUUGCAUAAAUAUAAGAGCAAAGAGGAGGAAGAUGCGGCUCGAUCGGACAAGAAAUCAGCCUUCUCCAAAGGCCUCCUUUCCAGCCAGAAGCUGCCUUACCAGAAUGGACAUGCUGGGAGCCUCUUCUCUUCUUCCUCCUCUUCCUCCUCUCCUGCAGCUUCCAGCUCAGCUCUGUGUGUCAGCUCCUCCUGCGACGUCUCACUCAUGAUGAUGGUGGGAGAACCGGACUCGGUGCCUCCCGGCCGAGGGAUCUGCCUGGACCUGGCUAUUUUGGACAGUGCUUUCCUCCUCUCUCAGGUUGUCCCCUCCCUCUUCAUGGGGUCCAUCGUCCAGUUUACGCAGUCGGUGACUGCCUACAUGGUGUCAGCUGCUGGCUUUGGCCUGGUGGCCAUUUACUUUGCAACCAAAGUUGUCUUUGAUAAGAGUGACAUGGCGAAGUAUUCCGUGUGA